CCUUCCCAACAAUCAUCGUCUCGGUCACUGUAGUGUUUGGAGGGAAGGGGAAGGCUAGGGUUUUGCAGUGAAGGGCAAAAGAGUUUCUGUAUGGUGGAUUUGUUGUCAGGGACUCGCUUGGUAGAGUAGUAGCUGCAGGAACAGUGUGUGAUAUUGCUGUUAAUUCUUUGAUGGCCGAAAGUUUGGAUGCAAGGGAAGCUCUGCUUUGGGGGCACAGAGACUAGAUUUGCAAGGGAACCAGACUGCUUAACCCUUACAACGUUGGUCAGUUCAAACCAUUAGUAAUGAUGUAAAGGCCAUCCUUGAUUCCAAGAGCAGUUGCAGUUUUCGGCGCUCUCAUGCCAACAGGGAGGCUAUACACUACCUAGCUCAAUGGGCCAAAGCAACUGGUAUACAAGCUCUCCUACUUCCUCAAAGACUCCAACCUGUGGUCGAUGAUAUAUACAAGCAGGGUAUCUACAACAUCGGAAGCAAUGGACAAGCAUGCCAUGGAUCCACCAUCAGUGCGGAGCCGGUGAGGAAAUGGUUCAAAAAUGUGCAUUACGCAGUUCUCAAAACCAGAAAGACAGAAACUUGCAUGCUUUGGACUCAAGGAAACUAAAUGUGAUAUUUGUCUUGUUGUGUGUCAUAGAUUCAUAGUUGCUCACGCUGUGUUGUUAAACCAUUGGGAACUAUGCAUCAUAACCGAGUGGUCUGAGCCGGAGAGGUGGGCAUGAUAAAGAAGUCAAGGGCAGAACGAACAGUGAGAUAUCUGAUGGAAAGCCGCAGUGAAAGCCAGAAGAAGGUCUAUUUCCAUUACGACCACACCGAUGCUUGCAAGGAUUCCCGGUGGACUUCCAGGGAAUGUUACGAGUUCAUGUACGACAGGGCAUGGCAACAAGUUCGUGAUUUUUACUCGAAUUUGGUUGGGGGUCGCAUGUCGUUGUCGGCAUUGUUCGGGACUCAGCACAGAGAACUUUCUCCACAUGCACAUUCUAUUUUUGAUGAUGGUGAAAUUAGUGAGGCUACUGAUAAAUCUGAAUCUGCAAGUAUUCCAACCAAUGACAGGACUGGAAGGUGGGCAAGAGUAACGUUUAAGAUAGUCCUUUCAUAUCAUGGGGAAUCCUUUGAUGGGUGGCAGAAGCAGCCUGGGUUGAACACUGUGCAAGGCUUCUGGAUUUCUCAUCCCAUUAGUAUUUAUCCACAUCAGUUGAUAUACAGCUUAGUUGAAAGAUCUAUUGGAAAGUUUGUUGAUGAAAAGAAAUCUCAACAGUUGAAAGACAAGGGCUUACCUACUGAAGGCGUUGCUGCUGUUGCUGGGAGAACUGACAAAGGAGUGACAGCUCUUCAACAAGUUUGUUCUUUCUAUACUUGGAGAAAAGAUGUCAAACCUCAAGAGGUUAUAGAUGCCAUUGAUGAAGCAGCACCAGGAAAACUCAGGGUUGUAUCAGCUUCUGAGGUGUCACGGGUAUUUCAUCCUAACUUCUCUGCCAAAUGGAGGCGCUAUCUGUAUAUUUUCCCUUUGAAUGGUGGAGAGAGAGAGACUUCAAUUCUGGGGGACGCUGAGAAUAUAAAUUUUGGAGAAAAUUAUUGCAGUCAAAGAUAUGCUGAAAGAAUUGGUGAGGAAACUGUUGAAGACUCUCUUCAAAGUGCCAAGGAUGGCCUCCAAAGCAAACUCUCUAUGUUUAAAAUUAGCAAGGUUAACCAGCUUUUCUAUCAACUGGAAGGAAAAUUGUUAUCCUACAAGAUGUUUGCACGAGAUACUAAAGCUUCAAGAAACAUUGGUCCACCAACUGAGUGUUUUAUCUAUCAUAUUCGUGCUGCUGAAGCCAGAUUACCGCAUCCUAAGGAUGAGGAAGGUACGAAAGUCAUGUGUGUUGAGUUGGUUGCCAACCGUUUCUUACGCAAGAUGGUUCGAGUGCUUGUGGCGACAGCCAUAAGGGAAGCAGCUGCUGGUGCAGAAGAAGAUAUAUUGCUCAAGUUAAUGGAUGCUACAUGCAGACGUGCCACUGCACCACCUGCCCCUCCUGAUGGCCUUUGCCUAGUUGAUGUAGGGUAUACAGAUUUUGACCCACAAAUUUGUCUGAUCUCUUGAGGUAAAAAGCAUAUCUAUUGGGUAUAAACAUCACCAUAUCCUGCGUGUUCCAUUUCUCUACUUCCCCUAAUUUUGUGGCAGUUGAUGCAUUUUCAUUGUUACUAGUUUCCUGUUGGAACAAAUUUGUGCCAAACCCUAACCCUAUAAGUAUGAACUGUGUAUGAUGUUUUACAAGA